GGCCUCUGCCUGCGCAGCCGUUCUAAAACACUAAGUACGCCUACCAAUGCUCACUCAUACGUACACCUCUACCCAAGCCACUCCUUGUCUAUAUUUUUUCCGCCGCUAUGGAACAAAUCACGAAGUUUGUCGACCACCUGUACACGUACCCAAGAGUCGAUCAGCUCCACAUGUAUCCUAAAGAUUGGAACAAUCAGCCGGAAGAGGAUAAAAAACAGUUUCUAGAACAGUUUCUGGACCAUUGGGGCUACACAAUUUACAGAACAUAUUAUGGCCCUGGCUCUGAUGAGAAGUGGGUAAAGCUGCUCAAGAUUAUCACCGACGGUGUGGAAAAAGGUCUCGCCAAACUGAAGGAAGCGGACAACAAGCCUGACGCUGUCACGAAAGCAAGGGAUUGGUUUCGACUCGAUGCACGUUCCCUUCCCACCACCUUAGACGGAUUGACGAUAGAAGACGUCCGGCAAGUCUAUCGGGAAGGAAAUGGAGGUCAACCGAUGAGGGGGUUACAGCGUAACAACUGGGGUACCGCUAUCUUCCUGGUGGCGGAUGCUCAAGUGCUACAAGAACCUGACCUCAAUCUGCUGAAAGUUGGGGACGCGAAGUACGACCCUGUUGCUGCUGUGCCAAAGAAUCCCCGGGUUGGUCCGCAGCGAUACUUUGGAUGGUUUACUAUCCCAACGACAGCCGUUUUAGACUUUUACAAUUGGAUGGAUAUAUUCACAUUUGAGGAAACCUUCAGGCAGGCAUUGCCAGGAACACAAUGGGAUGCAUAUGAACGGAAGUAAGAGACCCCGUCUAUGUGCCGGAGAAGAGUAGAAAAGAGAAAAUGAAGUUAUAGUGGACCAAAUUCUAUUUGAGCGAAGUGUAUUAAUGCAAAUCUACCAACUGGUCCUACCACGACCACUGCCUCUACCAACUCUCAUGCCUCAACAUUCUCAAUCAACAUCCAAAUCACCACCUUCCAUCUCUUCGCUCCUCCGCAAUUCGAUCAAGUAGUAUAUCCCG